UGCUCUUCUCAAUUCUGACUCGCCUUUUUUCCACCUCGGAAGCGAGCUCGAGUCCGGCGCUCCGCCCCCGUCGGUCGCUUUCGUCUUCCUCGCUCCGCUCCACUGGCCUCCAGCUCCCUCUGUUGGUGGUUUCCCUGACCGCCCAGGACCGAUCGCGAAAAACCGUCGCGCCGAGGUCCGAGAACCGCCCUCGGUUUCUCGAAGGCCGCGGUGUCGACUCGGGGCGAAGUCUGCAGCAUGAGAGUUUCCACCUAGUGAGCAUUCUAGGAGUUUCUUGGUAGGGGUGGUUUGGGAGGGGGGACUUGUUAGGGUUUAUUGUGGAGGAUUGGCCGAGAUUGAUGAAAGUCCGAGGGAAGAUCUGGCAUCUAUGACGAAGCGCGAUCCUCGCCGGCGGCGCAGUGGAGUGCUCCGCAGAUGGAAUGGCAGAUCUCAUCGGCACCGUGGAUUGUUGACAAGGCAAUUUCUGCAUUGAAGAGAGGCACUAAUUUGCUGAAGUAUGGUAAAAAGGGGAAACCAAAAUUCUAUCCAUUUAGACUGUCUGCUGACAAGUCAUCAUUGAUUUGGUUAUCAAACGGUGAAGAGAAAUGUUUGAAGCUAACAUCUGUUUUGGAAAUUGUCCGUGGUCAAAGAACUCCUGUUUUUAGACGACAUCUAUGCUCAGAGAAGGACCACCUGUCCUUUUCACUUAUAUAUGAUAAUGGGACGAAGUCUCUUGAUCUGAUAUGCAAGGAUAGAUUUGAGACAGAGGUGUGGUUUGCUGGCCUGAAGGCACUGAUUUCUUCUCAUCAAGGUGGACGACCAAAAAUUGAUGGAUGGCGUGAUGGUGGACUGUAUUUUGAAGUAAAUGAUACGCCUUUCACAAUACCAUUAAUUAUUGUUAACGUUGUUCUUUCCAAAUGAGGUCUCUCGACUAACUUCAGCCUUCAGGAUGCAGGAUUCCAGGGAUCUGAAUCUUAUAUUGAAUAGCCCCAGUGUAAGUUCAAUUGGCUCUGUAUUGGAUAGUAGUUCUCCGGACAUCGAUUUUAGUGUUAGAACUUCACCAGUGAUCUUUUCUGAAAGUUCUGUACACUCAGAAAGAUCAGAUGUUGCAAAUAUGCUUGUGAAAGGUGUCUCUUCUGAUAUUAUCAGAGUUAGCGUUUCUAGUGCACCCAGCACAUCAAGUCAUGGUUCUGCACAAGAUGACUGUGAUGCUUUAGGUGAUAUUUAUGUGUGGGGUGAUGUCAUAUGUGAAAUUUCAACGAGAAAUGGUACUGAUAGAGGUAUCAAUUUUUCCAAUGGGAGAACUGAUUUACUUUUGCCUAAGCCCUUGGAGUCAAAUUUAGUUUUAGAUGUUCACCGUGUGGCUUGCGGUGUCCGGCAUGCUGCUCUUGUGACAAAACAUGGAGAAGUAUUCACAUGGGGUGAGGAAUCUGGAGGGCGACUUGGCCAUGGGGUUGGAGAUGAUGUUGUUCACCCUCGUCUUAUUGAAUCUUUGGCUCUAAAUAGUGCAGAUUUGGUUGCCUGUGGGGAGUUCCACACUUGCGCUGUAACUUCUUCAGGUGAACUUCUUACUUGGGGUAAUGGCACUCACAAUGUUGGUCUUCUGGGACAUGGUAAUGAUGUCAGUCACUGGAUACCAAAAAGAGUUUCAGGGCCACUGGAGGGUAUUCAAGUUCAAUAUGUUAGUUGUGGCACCUGGCACACGGCCUUGGUAACUUCGAUGGGGAAGUUAUUCACUUUUGGUGAUGGAACAUUCGGUGUUUUGGGUCAUGGGAACAGAGAAAUUGUUGUACAGCCAAGGGAGGUAGAAUCCUUAAGGGGUUUGAAAACCAUUGCAGUGGCAUGCAGUGUAUGGCACACAGCUGCUAUAGUAGAGGUUAUAGUAGCUCAGCACAACAACAGUGUACCUUCUGGAAAAUUGUUCACCUGGGGAGAUGGGGACAAAUAUCGCCUCGGACAUGGUGAUAAGGAACCACGACUUGAGCCUACUUGUGUUGCUUCACUGAUUGACCACACUUUUUACAAGCUAGCCUGUGGUCAUAGCCUUACAAUUGGCUUGACAACUUCUGGACAAGUUUUUACAAUGGGAAGUAGUGUUUAUGGCCAGCUUGGAAAUCCACAAUCUGAUGGAAAGCUUCCAUGCUUAGUUGAAGAUAAACUUGUUGGUGAAUGUGUGGCAGAAGUUGCUUGCGGUUCAUACCAUGUUGCAGUCCUAACAAGUAGAGGUGAAGUUUAUACAUGGGGAAAAGGUGCUAAUGGGAGAUUGGGCCAUGGAGACCUUGAAGAUAGGAAAGUACCUAACCUUGUUGAAGCUUUAAAAGAUAGAGCUGUCAAAUAUAUUGCCUGUGGUGCUAACUUUACAGCUGCGAUAUGCCAGCAUAAGUGGGUAUCAGGUGCUGAGCAGUCGCUAUGCUCAUCAUGUAGACAAACUUUUGGCUUCACCCGCAAGCGACAUAAUUGCUACCAUUGUGGGCUUGUUCAUUGCCACUCAUGUAGUUCCCGGAAGGCCUUGAGAGCUGCCUUGUCUCCUAAUCCAGCAAAACCUUACCGAGUUUGUGAUUCCUGCUAUGUGAAAUUGAAUAAUGUAUUAGAAUUUGGAGCAGUAAACAACAAAAGAAAUGGUUUUCCUCGCUUAUCAGGUGAAAGCAAGGACAGGUUUGAAAAAAUAGAGACAAAAUCAACAAAUUUUGUGUUACCAACUAACUUGGAUCUCAUAAAGAGUCUGGAUAUUAAAGCAGCCAGAUUCGGGAAGAAACAUGAUUCCUUGUCCAUGAUUGGAGCUACUCAAAUCAGCUCAUUCAUGCAGAUGAAAGAUUUUGCUUUAGCUGGUGGGACUGAUCUGCAGCGAGUAGCUCCUAGAGUGCUUAGCACAUCCAUGGUUCAAUCUAUCAAUCAUUCAAGAGCGGUUUCACCUUUUUCUAGAAAAUGUAGUCCUCCACGUUCUGCAACACCAGUAUCCACAACUUCUGGAGUUUCUUUCUCGAAAAGUUCUACUGACAAUCUGAGGAAGACAAAUGAGCUCUUGACUCAAGAAGUCCAGAAAUUACGUCUCCAGGUUGAAAACCUUAGUCAGCAUUGUGAACUUCAAGAACUUGAAUUGCGAAAAUUGGCUAAGAAAGCUCAAGAGGCUACGACAGUGGCUGCUGAGGAAUCAGCAAAAUCAAAAGCUGCCAAAGAAGUUAUCAAAUCCCUAACAGCACAGCUUAAAGACAUGGCUGAGAUCUUUCCCCAAGGCUUCUUCAAAAAUGAUGCAGCAAGACACUUGGAUUUUCCGAAUGAGGUGGGCUUAUAUCCAAGUCCUCUUGCCAUUCCAGAUGGAGAUCAUCAACCAAGAAGCAAUCCAAACAAUUCUCCUAAUUCUAUUGGAAUUAUUGUCAAUGGAAACUCAAAUCAGAAUCAUGCAUCAACGGAUAGCUGUGAAUCUAACAAACUGAGUGCAGAUCUACAACACAUUAGGCAGGUGAGUUCCAACGAAAUGGAACAAGACUUCAGUAGUGGACAACAUGACAGCAAUGCAGAGAGAUCAUCCAUCAGUAAUUCUGAUGUGGAUCACAAAGAAAGUGAACAACCUCAAAAUGUCGACAAGGAUUGUAAGUCCCAAAGUCCCAUUUCAUCAGGUAAUCAAAUUGAGGCUGAAUGGAUUGAGCAGUAUGAACCUGGUGUAUAUAUAACUCUCUUAUCCCUCCAUGAUGGAACUCGAGAUUUGAAGAGAGUUCGGUUCAGUCGAAGAAAAUUCGGGGAGCAUCAGGCAGAAGCAUGGUGGUCGGAAAACCGUGAAAAGGUCUACGAGAGAUACAAUGUUCGCGGAUCAGAUAGGGCAUCAACGACAGUAUCUAACCAUUCUGCACAUAGAUCAUAAUAAGAUCAUUUGUGUACCUGCAAUGCUUAGAAGUUAGUUUGAUCACCCAAAGCCAAAAGGAGUGAAAAUCCCUGGUGCCUUUUUAAGCCUUACUCGAUUGUUCCAACACUGACACGGGAACUUCUGAUCUACUAUCAAAAUGUAUGUUCUCCUCGUGAACAUCAUGUUCUACUCUUUUAGAUCUGGCCAUUACCUAUUGUAAUGCGAUGUACAUACAGUAUCUCAGAGAUGAGAACAAUAGGAAGCAGCCUUUUUCUUCCUACUAGUAGAGAUGAAAUUUCUUUUUAAAAUGUAGAAUGCCCUUUUCUUAAUGAUGCUGCAAUUUGACAA